AUGGGGAGCAGAUUAUACCUAGAAAUGAAACUCCUGGAGCCAAAGAAACUCGAGAAUUGGGUGGUGGUGAACUUCUCCACUAGCUGUGAUGUUCGUAACAUGUUUAUGGAGUUUGCCAAAGUCGCCUCAGCUAAAGGAAUGGUUACGAGUCCUCCAGCGUGUGUUCUUGAUGAAAAUCCUAAAAAUAGAAAGAAACCGCCUUCUGUUAGAGUCGAUAUGAUGUUCCAACAAUUGCAGUCAAGAUUCAAGCACCAUCCACCAAAUUUUAUCAUCUGCCUUCUUUCUGAUAAGAAGUUCUCUGAUUUAUAUGGUCCUUGGAAAAGGAAGACUCUCAUUGAGUUUGGAAUUCAGAAUCAAUGCCUUUCAACUAGCAAAAUUGAUGAGCUAUAUCUGAUCAAUUUGCUGCUAAAGAUAAACAUUAAGCUUGGUGGACUUAAUCACGCCAUCGUCUCUGAAUCAACACGAACCAUUCCAUUGGUUAGUAAGAUUCCUACGAUGAUUCUUGGUAUCCAUGUUUCUCAUGCUCGAGCAGAGGCGCCUUCCAUUGCUUCAGUAGUUGGCUCGAGAGAGUGGCCAAGAGUGUCGAGUUAUUGCGCAUCUCUCCGUGCACUUCCUCCAAAAUCUCAAAUGAUUGAUUCACUUUUCAUGCCAAUUUCUAAGCAGAUGGAUGCCGGCAUAAUGAGGGAGUUGCUGAGGGAGUUUCACUCGAGCUCCGGCCAGAAAAAGCCAGCUCAAAUCAUAAUAUUUAGGAAUGGAUUGAGCACAUCACAGUUUAAGGAGUUCUUGAAUGUAGAAAUGGAUCAGAUUCUUAAGGCCUGUAGCUUUCUAGAGGCGAACUGGCGACCCAAGUUUACAGUUAUUGUGUCACAAAGGCAGCAUCACACUAAAUUCUUCGAGGCUGGUUUGGGAGCGAACGUUCCUCCAGGAACUAUUGUUGACAGCAAAGUUUGUGAUGUUCAAUGUACUAAUUUCUACAUGUGUGCUCAUUCUGCCAGGAUUGGGACAGCAAGGCCAACCCAUUACCAUGUCGUGGUAGACGAAAUUGGUUUCACAUCAGAUGAUCUGCAGGAACUGAUUCAUUCUUCAUCAUAUAUGUUCCAGAGAUGCAACAGGGCGAUAUCUGAAGCGGCUCCUGUUCGUUAUGCACGACUAGCGGCUGCUCUGAUGUCGCAGGCGAUCAAGCCUGAAGAAAUGGUGAAUACAUCUCAAGGGUAUCAACUGCCAAAGUUGCACAAAAAUGUGGCCUCUUCAAUGUUCUUCAUCUGAUAAAUCUAGUUAAGCUAAAACCUUCGAAACAAUUUCCUUACUAUUCCAAUAAAGAUUAACAAUGUCAUAUUGGAAGUAGCAUGCUGCAUGCAGUAUGUUUAUUUGUGAGCUUCAGGGAAAUGAUGUUAGAGAUGUUUCCA